AUGGCGACCGAAACAUCACUAACCACGAAUGGCUACGUUAAGCUAGAAGAUGAAGUUCGCACCAUAGGCCACCGACACCUCAUCCAACUCCUCGACCACUACGCCAAAACGGAGCCAGAUCGCGCGUACCUCUCAAUCCCGGUGGAUCAGAAAGAUCUUUCUGCAGGCUUCAAGGACGUCUCCUACGGCGCCUUUGCCAAUGCAGUAGAUCACUGCGUCCACUGGCUCAACAGCGUCCUUCCGCUGGCCACGGAGCCUUUUGAGACCGUUGCGUAUAGCGGACCUAGGGAUAUCAGGUACCCGAUGCUGGCAUGCGCGCUCGCGAAGUUGGAGAGGAAGUUGUUGUUUCCGAGUCCGGCGGCAACGCCCGCGGGUCAGGCGCAUUUGGUACGGAAGACGGAGUGUAGAACGUUCUUUUACGGUGGCUUGUUGAAGCCCGUCGUCGAGAGUGUUGUGGCCGAGGUGCAGGAAUGGCAGGUGCAGGUGGACAAAGUGUCGGAAGUGGAGGAGUUCCUGCGAGAAGAGAAAGCGCGGGAGUGGCCGUGGAAGAAGAGCUGGAAUGAGGCGCGAGACCUGCCCUGGCUUAUUUUGCAUACUUCGGGCACGACGGGCUUUCCGAAGCCGAUUAUCCUGACGCAUGAGAUGCUGGUGCUAGUCGAUGCUUCUAAAUUGAUGCCGGAGUUCCAAGGCGUUGAGAAUAGGUUUGACAAGCAUCUAGAGGGUCGGAGGUGGUUUAACACCAUGCCUACUCUUCACAUGGUCGGCAUGUACAUGGCGCUACAGUGGGCCAUGGUCUGCGGUGGGGUCGCAAUCUUCGGGCCCUCAGAAAACGUUACAACGGCUGGCAUCCGGGACACUCUCCGCUAUGGCCGGUGCCAGGCUAUGAUGACGUCUCCCUUAUCCAUCGACGCUCUGGUUGCCGAUCCUCUCGGUCUCGAAUCUCUUCGCAAUUUGGAGUUCGUCUACUUUGGUGGCGCUCCAUUGUCGCGAUCAGCCGCAGAAAAGCUGACACCUUACCCGUGCAAGCUCUUUAUCAGGCUGACGGGCGAGGACGAUUGGGAGUACCACAAGUUCGCGCCUUCCAACGGGAUCGAGUUUGAGAAAGUGGAUGGAGACGUCCAUGAGAUGAUUAUCGUCCGAAAGUCCGAGCUGGCACGCUGGCAGCAGAUUUUCUGGGUGUAUCCAGAACUGGACAUCUUCCGGACUGGUGAUCUCUGGGUGGAGCAUAAGUCGAGAGCUGGCAGGUGGAAAGUAGUUGGGAGGACAGACGACUUGAUUGUAUUCAAAACUGGACUGAAGAUGAACGCAGCAGAAGUCGAGCGAGAGUUGAGUCAUUGCGCUGGUGUCGCCGGGGUGGUGAUUGGCGGUCAGAACAUGGCGCGUCCGUUUGUUCUGGUCGAAUGGACGGAUGAUGGUGUUGAUGAUGAGCGGAAGCUUGAGCGGCUGUGGCCGGCGAUACAGAAGGUUAAUGAGCGGUGCGCUGAGGUGGUGAGGAUACCGAAGGAUCAGGUGCUCUUUACGAAGCCUGAGAAGAAGUUGGCGAGGAAUGUGAAGGGUGGACCCGUGAGGAAAGCGAGCCUCAAGUUGUAUGAAGAAGAGAUUGCGAGACUGUAUGCCAUCGAAAGGCUGAAGUCGCUUCGCUAG